AUGCACUCUGAGGAUUUAACAAACAGAAACAUGCACUCUGAGGAUUUAACAAACAGAAACAUGCACUCUGAAGAUUUAACAAACAGAAACAUGCACUCUGAGGAUUUAACAAACAGAAACAUGCACUCUGAGGAUUUAACAAACAGAAACAUGCAAUCUGAAGAUUUAACAAACAGAAACAUGCACUCUGAGGAUUUAACAAACAGAAACAUGCACUCUGAGGAUUUAACAAACAGAAACAUGCACUCUGAGGAUUUAACAAACAGAAACAUGCACUCUGAGGAUUUAACAAACAGAAACAUGCACUCUGAGGAUUUAACAAACAGAAACAUGCACUCUGAGGAUUUAACAAACAGAAACAUGCACUCUGAGGAUUUAACAAACAGAAACAUGCACUCUGAGGAUUUAACAAACAGAAAUAUGCACUCUGAGGAUUUAACAAACAGAAACAUGCACUCUGAGGAUUUAACAAACAGAAACAUGCACUCUGAGGAUUUAACAAACAGAAACAUGCACUCUGAGGAUUUAACAAACAGAAACAUGCACUCUGAGGAUUUAACAAACAGAAACAUGCACUCUGAGGAUUUAACAAACAGAAACAUGCACUCUGAGGAUUUAACAAACAGAAACAUGCACUCUGAGGAUUUAACAAACAGAAACAUGCACUCUGAGGAUUUAACAAACAGAAACAUGCACUCUGAGGAUUUAACAAACAGAAACAUGCACUCUGAGGAUUUAACAAACAGAAACAUGCACUCUGAGGAUUUAACAAACAGAAAUAUGCACUCUGAGGAUUUAACAAACAGAAACAUGCACUCUGAGGAUUUAACAAACAGAAACAUGCACUCUGAGGAUUUAACAAACAGAAACAUGCACUCUGAGGAUUUAACAAACAGAAACAUGCACUCUGCGGAUUUAACAAACAGAAACAUGCACUCUGAGGAUUUAACAAACAGAAACAUGCACUCUGAGGAUUUAACAAACAGAAACAUGCACUCUGAGGAUUUAACAAACAGAAACAUGCACUCUGAGGAUUUAACAAACAGAAACAUGCACUCUGAGGAUUUAACAAACAGAAACAUGCACUCUGCGGAUUUAACAAACAGAAACAUGCACUCUGAGGAUUUAACAAACAGAAACAUGCACUCUGAGGAUUUAACAAACAGAAACAUGCACUCUGAGGAUUUAACAAACAGAAACAUGCACUCUGAGGAUUUAACAAACAGAAACAUGCACUCUGAGGAUUUAACAAACAGAAACAUGCACUCUGCGGAUUUAACAAACAGAAACAUGCACUCUGAGGAUUUAACAAACAGAAACAUGCACUCUGAGGAUUUAACAAACAGAAACAUGCACUCUGAGGAUUUAACAAACAGAAACAUGUACUCUGAGGAUUUAACAAACAGAAACAUGCACUCUGAAGUGAAGAUUUAA